AUGGAUAACAGUGUUAAUAUUAUUGUGAAGUACGGUGGUUUGGUUGCUUUGAAGGGAUCUUCUGGACUUACUUUCCAAGCAUUGGUUGAUUUUGUGUGUUCGAAAUGGCAAUGUCUGAAUGCAUCUAGUAUAAUCAUGACUUAUAUGGUGGUUGAUUGUGGAGAAUGCAUUAUCGCGGAUGAUGAAGACUUGGUAUCCAUGUUUGCAUUGAUGCGCGAGUUGUCUUUGGUGCGUAUAAAUAUCGUGGUGAAGGGUGCAGCUGACAUUGUGACUCGACCGAUUCAACAUGUGGAUGCACCAAUUCGGCAUUCCCACACACAGAUGACUCUGCCAAUGAUCAGCUAUGACAAAGAUGUUGAGGAUACAGAAGAUCGUGAUUUAGAAAAAGUGGAUGCGGUGGUUGAGGGCAAGAAGUUGUUGAGUGCUGAUUGGAUUUAUUUGAUAAAAGAUGUAGGUCAGGUUUUUGAAGGUGGUGUUGCCGAUUUCAGAAAAGCGAAGUUUUCAAUUGAAAUGGGCUUUGAGUACGAGUAUAUCAAGAACGAGUCAUAUAGGGUGACGGCGGUGUGUAAGUACAAACAUGAAAAACAAUGUUGCUGGAGGAUACACGCUUCCGUUGACAAAUAUAGCAAGUUUUGUUCUAUUCGGACGUACGAUAAACAUCAUACAUGCGGUAUGUUUUUUGGGACUGCGAAUAAGAAGAGAUUAAGUGCAGAUAUUAUUAUUGACUUGAUUGCGGGUGAGAUUCGAUCAAGGCCAGAAGCGGAGCGGAAAAAUCCUGGUAGUUUAUUUCACUUGGAAAUUGAUGAUGUGAAGAAGAAUUUUCGCCGUUGUUUCUUUGCAUUUGCACCUUGUAUGGAGGGGUUCAGGUUCGGUCGUCCUGUUGUCAUGCUUGAUGGCACCUUUUUUAAGGGCAAACACAAGGGCAUGUUACUUAGCACAGUCGAAAAAGAUGGCGACCAACGUUUGUUUCCAAUUGCAUUUGCAAUUGUGGAUGAAGAAACCGAUUGCAAUUGGUCAUGGUUUCUAAAUCACUUGAAAGUUGCUAUUGGAAUGGAUAGGGUUUUUACGUUUGUCUCAAAUCGUAAUCAUGGAAUUUUGGUUGGGGUUCAAAAUGUGUUUCCACAUUGUCUUCAUGGUUACUGCUACAAGCACUUGAAGGAAAAUUUGAAAGAUCGAUUUAGGGGUGAGUCAAAGAUUUAUCGUAAAGCUGUGGUGAGGCAAUUUCGAGAUUGCGCUUAUGCUGCCACAAAACCUGAGUUUGAAAUAUGCUUGGAGAAAUUCAAAAGAACAGGUGGUGGAAGAGCACGCAAAUUUCUAGCUGAUAUUCCAAAGGAAAAGUGGUCGAACGCAUAUUUUGAGGGACCAAGGUAUGGCCAGAUGACGUCAAAUGGUUCUGAAUCUUGGAAUGCGCAACUAAUGGAUGAACGUUUUUUGAUAGUGACUAGUUUGAUUGAUGGUAUUCGAAGUAAGAUAAUGGAACAACUUUGUGACAGGCUUAUUAAGGGAACUAAUUGGCACAUUGUGUUAACAUUUAAAAUUGAUAAAAUUAUGAAAGAUAUAGUUGAUAAAGCGAGGCCUUGGUUAGUUAAGCAAGCUUUUGAAUUUGUGUGGGAAAUGUACUCGGAUCCAACUGCGAUUAUAGAUGUUCGGGAGAAGACAUGCUCAUGUAGGCAGUGGCAGGUUACGGGGCUGCCAUGUUUUCAUGCUGUUGGUAUUAUUUUUCUAAAAAAGAAGGGAAGGUAUGACCUUAUUGAUGAUAAGGUUUUUCAUACUUCAGCAUACAGACAAACAUAUGCUUCACCUAUUUUCCAUUUGUUAAACCUCCUCUCGACCCUGAAGCUGCUAUCGUAG